AUGGGUGACCGGCUCACGCAGCUGCAGGAUGCUGUUGACCAGCUUGCGCAGCAAUUCGUCGCCUGCUUGCACUUUGUCCACCGACGACACGAUCUCAAGACGCUGGGUCCCAACGACAGAGUACGCGACAUAAAGCAGGACCCGCACCAGAAGGAAGUUGAUCCGCUCCCCGCCGAAGAGUUCCGGCCGGGCCUUCGCGAGCUGUCGCGAGACCUCGUCGUGAAGGAGCAGCAGAUCGAGUACUUGAUAUCCUCCCUCCCGGGUCUGGACAACAGCGAAAAGGACCAGGAGCGAUGCAUCAAGGACCUGGAGGAGGAGCUCAAGGCGGCCGAGGUGCAGCGACUGGAGGCGCUGAAGGAGAGGGACCGCAUACUAGCCGAGCUCGAUUCCGUCAUUCGAAGUGUGCGGCGUCCCUGA